GAUCGCGAUCGUUCCCGGAAUCUCUUUGCGUACUCCUCCUGGAUCACGGUACCCAUUAAAACAGAAAAAAAAAGAAAAAACGUAUCCAUCGAUCCAGCGAUUUCCCAUCGUUCGAACCGCCUCGUUCCUUGAGUUUUCCUGUCGCGUUUUAAUUCUUGAAUCGAAUCGUUCGCCUCGACGCGAUGGCUGUGCGCGCUCGCUGAGCCGGAAGUAGCCUUUGGAGGAGCAGCCGCCACCAGCGGCGUUGCGACGGAGGAGCCGGGGAACAGUGGCCGGAGAGAAUCAAGGACGGGAAAAACGACUACGCUGGACGAACGAAACCGACGCUCGGUGAAAUCUUGGAGUCAACGCGGGAGACGAUGGAUCUCACGCUGCUCUUGCUCGCCGUACUCCUCAGGCAAGAGGUUGCCGGUCUGAAGCUGAUUCGCAUAAACGUACCGCCGUACACCCUCAGAGGCAAGAGCGCGCUCCUCGAGUGCAGAUACGACCUAGAAACGGACAAGCUUUACUCCAUCACGUGGUACAAGGAUCACGAGGAAUUCUACAGAUACGUGCCUGGAGGGGAACCUACGAAGCACAGCUAUCGCGUCGAGGGCGUUAAAGUUGACCACCGUCAGUCCGAUCAUCAGCGGGUUCUGCUGCAGGAUGCGAGCCUACAUACCAGCGGACAGUACAAAUGCGAGGUGAGCGCGGAGGCGCCGGACUUCAACUCGGUCAGCGCCGAUGCCAGCAUGGAAGUCGUAGUUCUUCCGCAGGAUGAACCGACGAUAACCGGGGAGGAAAAGAUUUACGCUACCGGGGACGUCCUUGGCCUGAAUUGCACCAGCGGCAAGUCUCAUCCGAUCGCAAAACUCAAGUGGUACAUCAAUGGCGUGCAGGUGAAGCCAGACUCGGAAACGGAGUUCGAGCAGCACGGACUCUACUCGGUGAUAUCCAGUUUACGACUACAGUUGGAACCGGAUCACAUCGCCGGCGACAAAAUAAACGUCAGAUGCGAGGCGACCGUGGAAUUGGAUUCAAACUCGGACGCGCCGCUCGUCGAGACGCGCACCACGGAAGUUUUUGUGGAGGGCCACGCGAGCGUCGCGACGCCCUCCGUGUGCCUGGCGGUGGCGAGCGCCGCGCUCAUGCUGCGACUGUUGCUGCCCGUUUAGAGAAUCUUCCAACGAACCAGCGAAUCGGCCCAUCGACUCGCCGCGUCUCGCUCGCGCUGGUGAUCGCGAUAGCGACUGGUGGACACGCGGGAGGAACCGACGGUACCAAGAAGCUGUGUAGCGGAUGACGAAGGAAUUGGAAGUACAGGAGGAAAGUAGGUGUGAAGGACAGACGACGAAGAGACAGGGGUAUUGCGUUGGACGUUUCGAAAUUCGCCGCGAAAUUAAAGGGAAACGCGCGUGUCGGAUGGUCGGCGGCCAUCAGCGGGGAAUAUGGAGACGAUAGGAGCGAACUAAUACUAUCACAGGGUAUCAGAGCUGGGCAUUUAAACAAAUUAAACGUAACAGUAUCGGUUGAAGUUACUUAAACUUUGUUCGUUGAUGGGAGCUACCGGGUGAAAAUCGUACAAUUCUCUGCAGGAUUAAAAUUUGUAUUUUGGGCCAUUUGUAAACCGCGUAAUCUAAAAUUUGCUACUGUACCAAUUUGAAAAAUAUUACAGUGUGGAAGUUUUAGAUGAAAAGUACAAUUGAGAUGUACAUGUAUUUACCUCUAAAUUGAUCGAUCUUUAGAAUUUUGAAAUUUCCUAUUACCUACAUAUUCUUCAAAGAAGUAGGGGGAGUUCCCCUAAGUAAUGAAAAAACGCAUGAAUUAUUAUACCUUUUGGUAAGUACUUUUUUAAUUACGUUUGUAUUUUGUAUAUACAAGGUGUUCGGCCACCUCUGAGAAAAAAUUUGAAUGGAAAA